GGGGCUCCUGGUCAGCCGAGCUGAGCUGCGGGGUCAGGGCAGAGGGAGGAAAAUAGCUAAAAAAUUCUGCUUCUGAAUCGGUGUCACUCACGUAAAAGGUGUCUUUCAGCACGCACCCAACUGUACAGUGAGCACUGAAACUGCUUUAUCUCUGGAGUAUUUGUGUUAUUACUAGAUUUGCAUAAACCGUGUCUAGUUAUGUCACAUCUUGUUAGAGCUACAAUAUCAUCUUACCUUAUUUAAAUAACAGUGGCUGAAUAUAUCAGCUGUUGCGGUUUGGUAACAAAAUCGAGUCUGUUGGCAGCAGGUGAAAGCAGCUGAGCCUGACAGUUCUGAUGAACAACAGCAUGAGUUGAAACCAAGGAACUUUUCUCACAGUUAGAAGUGCAUGUUCAAGAAUAAGUGCAUGUCUGCGAUCUUUUUUAUGGGAAAGAAGGCUUUUAGGAGUGAGAGGUUUGGAAUUCCCCACUUUACCAGUAUCUGCAGGAUUUGGGACACACAGAUUUUGAAGUAUGCUCCUCAGCGUCACAGAAGGCAGAGCAAUGUGCAGCAGCAGAAAGCCAAAGGGAGCAGACUGUGCGUGCUGCCCAGAAGCAAGGCAUCCUGUCAAAACUAGUUGAGUUUUUUAGAAGCUGGUUUCCUUUUCCACAGUGUAAGAAAAAUGAUGACAUACUUCACCGACUGGAUGUUGGAUUUCGAUUUGACACGCUCCGUACCAUCCUGCAACAGGAAGUUCUGCUGCAGGAGGAUGUGGAACUGAUUGAAUUCCUUGACCCCAGUAUCCUGUCUGCAGGGCAGUGUAAGCAACAGGAAAACAGACAGCUUCCAACGCUACGCUCCCUAGCAACUCCUAAUAUUUGGGAUGUCUCGUUGUUCCUUGCCUUUUUAAGUGCGCUGCUUAUGUUUCCUUCGUGGUGGAAGGAAUCAUCAUGGCUGCUGUGCGGACCCGUGCUGCUCCUCUAUGCAGUCUUUAGAGUGUGGGGCACCUGGAGGACAGCCAAGCUGCAAAUGUCCCUGCGAAAAUACUGUAUCCAGCUGGAAGAAACAGUGGCGAAUAGCCGAGCCUUCACUAAUCUCGUGAGGAAAGCUCUACGACUUAUUCAAGAGACUGAAGUGAUUUCCAGAGGAUUUACCCUUUUGCUUGACAGGGUCAGUGCCGCUUGCCCAUUUAAUAAAGCUGGACAGCAUCCUAGUCAGCACCUGAUUGGCCUCCGGAAAGCCGUGUAUCGAUCCGUCAGAGCCAACUUCCGAGCUGCAAGACUGGCUACUCUGUACAUGCUGAAAAAUUACCCUCUGAACUCGGAGAGUGACAACGUGACCAGCUACAUCUGUGUGGUCCCCUUUAAGGAGCUGGGUCUGGGACUCAGUGAAGAGCAGGUCUCUGAAGAGGAGGCACACAAUCUGACCGAUGGCUUCAGCUUGCCUGCACUCAAGGUCCUCUUUCAGCUCUGGGUAGGGCAGAGUUCAGAAUUUUUUCGGAGGCUGGCACUGCUGCUGUCCCCAGCCAACGCGUCCCCCAAGCCCUCGGUGUCCCCGGAGCGGCUGCCUCACCACAUCCUGUGCGAUGUGACCCAGGGCCUACCUCACACCCACGCUGCCUGCCUGGAGGAGCUCAGGAGGAGCUACGAGUUCUAUCGCUACUUCGAAACUCAGCAUCAGUCGGGCUUGCAGUGGCCAGCCAGGACCAAGCAGGAGUCCAGGGAGCUGAACAGUCUCCAGACAGCGGUACGCAGCUUGCAGCUUCAUCUCAAGGCACUGCUCAAUGAGGUAAUAAUUCUUGAGGAUGAACUUGAAAAGCUUGUUAGCACUAAGGAGACACCAGAGUUGACAACAGAAGCCCAUCAGGUUCUGGAACAAAAACUAAAGUUUAUUCAGCCUCAUAUCCAAGCAAGCAACAGCUGCUGGGAAGAAGCCAUUUCUCAGGUGGAAAAAAUGAGUGGAAGAAACCCAAAUAAAAAAGGCAAAAUUGAAGUCUCCUGUGACAACCUACAGCAUACUACAGUACCUUUAACACAGCCUGCCAUAUACAUAGAAAACAAAGAUCCAAUCCCUGAAGAGCAGGAACUGGAAGCAUAUGUUGAUUAUUCAGAUACAGAUAAUGAAUACAAAAGGGAAGAUUUUUACUUCUUUUCCCAAGAAGAAAGAGAAAGGCAAGAGCGAGAGAGACAGGAAUCUAAGAGGGUGUUACAGGAAUUGAAAUCUGUAUUGGGAUUCAAAGCUUCAGAAAUUGAAAGACAGAAGUGGAAACAGCUACUAUUCAGUGAACAUGCUGCAGUGAAACCCUUGUCUCCUGUAGAACCAUUGAAGCUACUAAAUAAUGUGGAAUCACAUAUGAAUUCAGAUACAGAAAAGCAGGACUGCAGCCAAAGUUGUGAUAAAUCUGAAGAAAAAGACUCUAAUCCAGAAGUGAAUGCUGCUGAUAAAAGCAGGACAGAAUAUUUUUAUGAAGAUCCUGAGAGAGAGAAAAACAAAGACAGAACUGCAGAUAAAGAUGUUUCUACAGGGGCUGAAGAAAGAAUGUAUUAUCAGUGCGAAGGGGAUGCUGAAGAACUCAAGCCGAGCAAUGUGGAUGCAGUAGAGGCUUCACAGCCUCCCUUUAAAGAUGCAUUACAUUCAAAAAUCAAGGAUAGGCUGGCCCAGCUCCACAUAUCAACAGAUUUUAACUUCACAUCUGGUCUGGCUGCACAAGUUGCUGCCAGGUCUUUCACUUUUACUACAAUGCAGGAGGAGACUUUUGGAGAUGAUGGGGAGGAGGAGGAGGAGGAGGAGGAGGAAGAAACGACACAGGAGAAUGAAGACCUUGUGGAGAACUGUGAAAAUGAAGAGAGAGGCUCUGAAAGUGAAGCAAAAGUAUAAGUCUGAGCUGAAAAAAACUAAAGUGGGGGGUUGAAGCUGAAAAUACUGGAUGGAGGAAAAAAAAAGGAGACCUAAAUAUAAUACAUCAUAUUCCCUAAGACUGAUACACUAAAUAGGACUUCUAAGUAUAUUGAAAAUUUGCAGGUAAGAGAAGUUUAGGCUGCAUCCAAGAAAUAGACGGCUGUUCCCUUUAUAAAAUCCUAGUGAUGGGGAAUUUACCUUUGUGGUUUUUGUUUUAUUUAUUUAUAUUAUGACAUAUUUUAGUUGUUUCUAAAAAGGAAAAACAAUGUUUUGAUUUACAACAGACUCCAUUUUUUUUGCUCUCUGAUUCUUUUGUCGUGGUAUCAAUGUUUGUUCCAACAAAAAAAGUCAGGACGUUUCUUUUGGAAGAACUUGAACUACUCCCUGUGAUCUUCCUCCACCACUUUUGUUUCACUUCUUGUGUCUGCAGUGUGUUGGCUAAGCCACGAUAGGCAUUUGUGAUUCUGCGACUAGUGUGGUACCCAACUAAAAUGUAGAUUUUUUAAUAAAAAGUUGAAAGAGCUAGUAUUUGAUGUGUCCUGGGGUAUGGGGCUGAAAUAGUAUAAAGUUAUUCAUGCUUCAUAUCAAAGUUUAUUUAGAAUUUUAUGAAGGGUUAAUAAAUGAUUUCUGUAAGUUGUAAUUCAUGUUAGAGAAAUAUGUUGCAAGUAAAUUUUAGGGAAGGUUAUAAGCACAUCAGUAGAAAGUACUGUAGACAGCUAGAAGCUAUAUGUUGGAUUGACAGAGAUGAGAAGUAAACACUUAUUUAUUAAGCCAGCUAUUAAUUGUUUGUUAACCUUUUGUAAACUGAACCUUAAUGUAAUUGUUUGAUUUGAUAUAAUGAUCGAUUGUACAUUUUUGCUUAUGUCCUGAAGUAAUUUUCUUAAAGGAAAUUACCUGAGAGCUUAACAAUAUGCAGUAUUUUGCUUGAACACCAUACUUGCUUUUCACUAAUGUUCUUUCACUUUUCCUUAGAUCACAACUUUAACCUGUGGGAUUAAGAAUCCAUGAGAGAACUACAGUUGUGUAUUUUGUUUCUUGUCACUUAGUUAACUGAUGAUGAAGUCUGGAUGUUUGGUAUGAGGUUAUGCAAGUUGUUUUUUCUCUGUGGUGUUAGAAGGAGCAGGAAACUGAUGCUCACCUCACAGGGGAGCUGGUUAAUGGUUUCACUGUCCUCUCUUCCUUUUGCUUUCUGACACAAAAUGAAGUAAAGCUCCCCUGUCUCUAAUGGCGAGAGCACCACUUCUUGGUGUGGAAUACUCUACUUGGACCCAGAUACACUUCCAGGACCUGCAUCAGUUACUUAGACUGUUUAUUGAGUUUUGCAGAUUCUAUUGAGUAAAGGGCUUUUUAGAUGCUGGUAGUGCAGAGCAAUAUCUUUCCUAGGAUGAUGUCAUGGAAAGUGGGGAAGGUAAUGUGAGUCAGCAGAUUAGGGUGGAACUUGAUGGUAUGUCAGAAAACAAGUGUUUUCUUUCAACUCCCUGGCCUGUAUUAGUGAUUUUGCAUGAACACUGUGAAAUAUGUGGACUUCUUCACAGAUUGUAAAGAGAGAAAUAUCAUUUGAUAGAGAAGGGAGUAUGACUUAGAGUGUUCUUUCACUGUAUAAUGCCUGUCUUCUUCCUCACACACAGGUUUUGGGAAGAGAACAUUUUGCUGUUUUUCAUUGACCAGUAACACUGUGUUCUGUGUCCUUGGUUUUGUGUGACUGGAAGCUGAGUGGUUGAUGUCUUGAUGAGGUUGUAGAAAAAAAAUCAGAUGUUUUUCAUAGUGUAUUCAGAAGAUAAGAUUCCUCUUAGUGGUAGAGUAUAUUCUUCUGUAACUAAAGAUUAGGCUAAGAUGAUGAAACACUUCUAUUUUCUCUGUGGUAAGCAAUUUUUUUUACCAAGUCUACAACAGCUGCUUUGGAUAGAUUGUGUUUGAAGCAUUGUCCAUGCUUCUGAAGAAGUCUUCCUCAUUCUUGACUUGAGAUCCUUGAGUUCACAAAGUGCCCAGAUAUUUUUUUGUUCUUAGCUAAUUGUUCUGACAGUCUAAAUGUAUCUUCCAUUAAUAUUUUUCAUUUUCUCAUGAUCUCAUGUUGUGUAUCCCAGAAACAGUACUCCUGACCUUUUUCUAUGGGAUCCAAAUCAUACAGUGUGUAUGGCUAUGAUACCAACCUGGAAAUAUGACCAGAUUUAGGAUAUUAACUAUCACUGUGCUCACAGUUUCAGUAGUAGCCUGAGUUGCAUCGGUAUUAGAAUUGGCGACAGAUCUCACAUUUAUAAAAGCAGCUAUCUCUUUAUUCCUUUGCUGCAGUCCUUAGUAAAAAUCCUGGAGGAUCUACUUUGGUGGCUCACUUGAGGCCUAGAUUUAUUAUGUACUGGUCUUGGUAAUGAAACUGGCCUAAAAUUACCCAUCCAUCAUGAGUUGUUUAUUUUCAUCCAGCAAAUGUGACAACAUGAGGUUUUGUUGCCAUGUUAUAAACCAGUUCAUGAGUCCACCUGGGUGAAAAAUUGACCCUUUUUAAGCCUUUUUGCUUUUCACCAUUCUUAUUGUAGUGAUGCAGUAGCAGCAGUUACCUCCAGACAGCUGUAUCAGCACAUACUGUGUUGCUGGCCUGAGACUCAGGAUUGCCCACAUUUACAUUAUUGGCAAAGAUAGUGUAGUAUGAAAUUACAGCCUUGACAUUAGACGAUGAUCAAACGAUAACUUUUUGGAGGAAAUCCUGAUCCUACUUUGAACAAAUAAAUUUUCUACAAGCAAUUUAACUGAUUUCCAUGGUCUUACUUAAUGCAGUCUUAGAAGUUGCCCAUAUGAACACCUGGACUCACUUGUUUUCUCUGCCUCUCAUCACCUCUGUGUAAAACAGCCAUCAGGUCAUUUAUUUUGAGCUAUUUAAUAUUCUCCCUGAAGAAGAAUAUUGCUAACAGUGUACAGCACACGAAGCCUGACUUCUCUUGAUGUGAUAACCAGGUUCCAUCUAUGUAUGUCAUACACUAUGUUAUGAUCCAGACUUCCUCAUUAUUAUGUCAUUUGAAAUGAGUGUAUAUACAUACUGUAGGUUCCUUCACGAACCUGACAGACUUCUUGGCAUAAUUUAUUGCUGCCUUUAAAAUAAUGUUUAUGAACACACCGAAGUGUGCAUUAGCUUUAAUGAGUUGUCUUAAUAUAUUGAGCAUGUUAAGGUCUGAGGGCUGUUCUGUGUUCUUUGGCUCAUUACCCAAGAUAGGGAUUUUUGUGGAAACAGAACAUUGCUUCCUAGAGCUUUGUAACAUUUUGAAACAUUUAGCAGGAAGUCCAUACUAAAUUGUGAGUUACAACGAAGAAUAUCAGCAGCCAAUCCCUUGAGAAGAGCAGAGCUAUAGCAUUUCCAACUAGUAGUUCUGUGAAGUAAAGAAACAAGUAAUUAUAUAGGGUUAAAUAAUUUCUUCUCUUUCUGUCCUUCUUGGAAAGCACUCCAAAGGCAGUAUUUGUUUCUUGGAUUGGAUUGCAGUCUAACACUACAUCUUUUUAUAUUGCUUCACUUUACAGCUAAAGGUCUAGGUAAAGGCUUAAAUCUAGGCAAAGAUCUGUGAUAAGAAAGUAACUUGUCCCUUUUGUUAAGUCUAUGUAUUCAUGACAGAAAUUAAAUGGUUGUGUCAUGGAAGCAAAUGUAGAGAGUUGCAGAUAAAUAGAGCAUCUUUCAAAUGCAAUUAAAUGUGCCUCUGUGAACUACAGGCAAGAUUUGCAAAUACAAAGGCUUCUGCCGUCAGUCAUAGAAAUUAAAGUUUUACUCCCGCCAGAGGAUUGCUGGACAUGACUGAUACUUAGAUUUCUAAAUGCAAGAUUGAAUAUGGUAGAGUAGCCAGUUUUACUGAGAUUUCAGAUUUUGUCCCAAGCACACCUGUCUCCGUGUGAAUGUUUGUUACAAUAUUGGAAAUUUUAUGUUCUAUCAGAAGUGCAAAAUUUGCAACUUUCUAAUUAAUUUGUUUGGUAAUAAAACCCCAGUUAUAUGGUGGACUGUGUGGAGUUGUUUGCCCACACUGAAUUUUGUAAUCUUAUAGGUUAUCCCUUUCUUUUUUACCUUUUCUUUUAACAAACAAGAGGGCAAGUACACUAAACUGCCCUUGUCCUUUAAACUAUUUUGUGAAGGGCAGCUGUUGUUCUGCAAGUGGCUUGUUCCCAGGGCUAAUUGCUUUUUUAGAAUCAACAGGUUUCAUGCUAUCUCAUCUGAAAAAGCAAGCAGAGUGUGAGAAUGGCACUUGGUCAGUGUAAAGGGCCAAGCUGCUCUGGGAUCUUGUCUGUGACAGGGACUAAGCAGAUGCUCAGAGAAGACUAUUGUGUAGUGAUACUUCUCCAGGCUAUUCCUCAGCAAUUUGUGGCUCAGGGACUUCUUGACCCAGUGGUGAUGGAAGUCAGCUUAACGGGUUCCAGUGGAAUCCUUUUCCAUAGAUUUGCUCAGCCUCGUGUUUGGUCACUUAUUCCCCGUUCCAGUGCCAGUAUGUGGUCAUCUUUACAUCAUCGUUACAAUCUUGUACUCACAAGAUUUGUCAAUAAACUUUUUUUGAUGUUCCACUUUCCUCAGUCCUUCUGCAGAGGUCAUGUUUUCUGCCUUUUGUUUGCUUUCCUUAGAAAUCUCUCCAGUUUUGGAUGUAUAAUGACCAAAGUGUGGUGCAGUAUUCCAGACUAACCUCAGCAGUAGAGAGUAAUAAUCACCUCCCAUAAAACACCAAACCUUUCAAAUAUGUUUGAGUCCAUAUAGAAAGAAAAAUCUUUUCAGAUCUUUUAGCCCUAGGUAUUAGGAUGGCAAAUGAAAAUAUUUGGUCUGAUGGAGGAGAAAUAUUUAUUCACUGUCAGCGGGAUUUGGCCGGACAAUGUUUUUCUUUGCUAACAAAACAAAAAGUUGUUAAAACAAAAUGAUCUCCCGACAGCUGCCACCUGGUCUAACACAAACUAAAAAUGCCAAACAACACUUGUUGAAAUUUCAGCUUGACUUUUCAGAGCCUUUUUGGUCUCUGAUGAAUCAACAUGUAUUCCAAAAUAUAUUAUCACACAAGAAGCAUGGUAGUGGAUAUAGGGAUAUCAGAGAUCAAACCAAAGGUCUCUGUGGCUAAUUUAAAAAUACUUGGUGGCGUGUUUUAUUCAUUUUCUCACUAUAUUUAAUUCCCUCCUGUAUAUGUGUUUAUUUUGCCACCUUGGAUUUUAAAUGCUAAAAAAUACAUUUGAUUUAUUCAACUUGGAAAAUUGUGCAGAAAUCAGAUAAGAGGUAAUGGUAGUGUAAGUGUGACAGGACACAGUCAUAGCUAGGGGUGAAAUCUACCUCUCAUGAACUUUGCUUUGUAGAUGAAUAAAGCAAUCUGACUUGAGCUACAACUGGAUAUGAAACUGUUCUUGAUGUGCUGCCUGCCCUUUCACACUGCUGUGGCUCAGGUUAAUGGCAGCUUAUCAGAACAACUUGGCUCAACAGGGUGAGUGCACUGUUAGCCCAUGUUACACUUUCUGAAUUGAACACAGGAUUCUGAAAAAGUGACUACAAUUUAGAAGACAAAGAGAAAGUGUCUCUAUUACAAAGCGGCUUAUUGUAAAAGGGUUGAAUGGGACCAAAAGUUGAAUACUUUCAUGUGAUCAGAAUAUUUUGGCUUUUGUACCUUCUCAGCUUAAAAUCUUAAAGGCCUAAUGGACAGUUUGCUUUAGGGGAUGCCGUUCUUCUUUGACAGCUUAAAUCACUUCAUGGUCAUGAAAUCCCAGUCCCUCCUCUAGGCUGGCUUUUGUAACUACUCAAUGAUUUAUGAUAUGGAUAGGAGGAUAGGACUGGAAGUGCAUCCAUGCUUUAACUUGCAGCUGGCUUCCUCAAUCCUAAUGAGGAUGAUGCCACUCAUUAUUUUCCUCACUCAUUUUGAUUCCUUUUGUUAUUUUUGUUUUUGAAUCUUAGGCUGCCCAAGACCAUUUGUGUCUUAUUCCCCAAAGUUUCUAGGAACUGUUUAUGAUACUGCCAAUAAAACUGAAAUUAUUGUGCAUGUUUUUUUCUACUUACUUGUUUCACCCUUCUGGACCCUCUGAUACCCAUGGUCCUCUCUCUUUACCACCCCUCUUAAGAGGUUCAGAUUUUAAAAUAAGAUACAAAUUCUUUUUACAUGUAUUUGUAACAGGAAUAACUAGAUCUAGAGUUGUGUACUGACUUUCUCACCUGAGAACUGAAGUAGAAGGCAGGCAUCAUAAUGGGGAGCACACAGUCAAAACAGAAACAGUGAUGUAAAGCAGCUCAAAAAAUUAUACCACACUCUUGGUGUAUAUUGGCUCUUAUAAGUAAUUCUGGCUUACUGAAAAACAUUUCAAAGCAUUUUAAAAAUAACUGCAAUUUUAAUACAAGGUCCCAAAAUAAAGUGCCAUUAGUUGGCUUGAUUUGUGCUCAGAUCUUAAUAUUUAAAGAUUGCUUCCUGACCUUCUCCAGCUGCAUAGAUGAAAACUAAAAAUAAUCUCGGAUUUCCAAAAGAGAGUGACCAAUCCUUUCCGUUACUUUGUGCUAUUAAAGAAAGGUCCAUUCCUAAACAAACAAAAAGAGAAACGUCAGUGCUUAAUAUCUUCAGUAGCUGUUACUGACAGAGAACCAUGCAUUUGAUCUCAGUAGAAACACCAUAAGUGUAGGCUAUUUAUAAUGUUUGAUAUCUGUGUUUUAAUAAUAAUAAUAAUAGUAAUAAUAAUAAUAAUAAUAGACUUUAACUGUAUUAUGGGAUAAAAGCCAGAAAUCUACAAACUGUCCUGUAGAUCUUUCAUCCAAAGGCACAGCUGGUGAAAUUUAAACAAGUUCAUGUUGGCUGUUCCUGCACUGCUCAGUAUGACAUUGUAGUCCAAGUUUUUCAUGUCCAUGGGUGUUCAUGGGUGGUCUGCAGGCACCUGUGUGCUUGAGGUCUGCAAAGCUUGCAGUGAUCACAGAACAGUGCUGAGUGAAACCUAAAUAGGAACAGGAUGCUUCACAAGCAUUUUGGGUUUAUUGUCUGUCUUCCUCUAUUGCAGCAUCCAUGCCGUAUGCAAUCCUACUCAUUAACUUUUUCCUUCCCACCUUUCCUUUUCAUAAGCCACGCAAAUCAAUUGGGGAGGAUUUUAUAGUUUGUUUCUCACCUACAGGACUAUCUGUAAUGCACCAGGUAAGUUAUCCCCAACAGAAACUUAAACAUUAGUGGCCAAAGUGCAAGGGCUGGAGAAGCUCUUCUGGUUUGAUCACUUCUGCAAAGGUUUCUCCUGAGGUGGGUGACCACCGGAGUACUCAGUUAGGUGCAAUGACUCUGCAGGAGUCUUUCAAAGCUCCAGUUUGUACUAGGUCUGUCCUUUUCUCUGAUUGUCUCUCUCUUCCCUCUUAGCUGCCUUCAGCUGUUCCCCAGUAUUCUGUUGCCAGCUGCUGAGGAAUUUGGCCACUUUUUUCCUUCAUUUCUGAGGCCUUUGUCUAAACUUUAUGAACUGAUAGGCUAGAGGGAAUCCCCACCAAGGUGCUGCUGUGCAUUCUUAGUCAGAAACUCACAAAUAGAAGAGUUCUUAGGGCUGGUGCAAUGUCUGUCCUGACAUUCCUUCCAGGAAGUUUUGACCUACAUUUCAACCUGCCUUCCUAUUUCUUCCUGGACUUCAGAACAUUCACCCUCAGGAAUUUCCUUCCCUCCUUAAUAAUUAUGAGAUGGCAGUGCUUCCUCAGUAAGACUGACCCUCGAACUCAUGUUCCUCUUUACAUGAGCCUGAUUGUUCUUUCCCACAGGAGCAUGGCACAGUCAUGGCUGAGUCUGCCUUCACCUAAACAAGCUUGCUGCUUUCAGCAGUAGGGACUGAACAUGUACUCUCCAGCUGUUAGGCCCAUGUACUUUGGCUGCACAGCUGCCUGAUCUUGAGCUGGGACUAGCAGUUGUGCUUAAACCCUUCCCACUGGUAAAGAGCAUGUGUUUUUAGAAUACAAGUAUUACUAAAUCUCCCUGAAUUGAACCAUUUUGAAUUUCUAUUGAGGAGCAUAAACAAAUUAUUUCUUAAUUUGAGGGGUUUGAAUAAGCUUCAUAACUAUAUAUAUGUGUGUGUAUAUACACACGCACACCCCUUCAUGAUGUAAAUGUGUAUUGCCAGGUAUCCCACUGCAAGGCUUUUCUAGCAAAGAGGUGGUAUUUUUCUCAUAUCAAACUAUCCAGUUACUUACUUGAAAGGUAAACAAAAACUUAAUUCUUGCUAUCCAAAGGCAAAAGAAUUGUAUUCUACCAAGCAGACUGUGUGGAAGCAUUUCAAACCUGAUUUUACAUUUUUAUUAGAAGAGCUGCUUCACUUUGUUUUCAUGUAUCAAGGCAUUGUACCCAAGCGGCUGUGAGUGCUUGUAUGCCCAUUUGCCCUGUCUUAAACAUGUAAACAAAUACAUGUUCUUCAACAUCUCCUGUCUGCUAAGUCUUAGCAUUUCCAAAAAUAUGGCCUAAAGGCAGCAUAGACUGCCAAGGAACCACAGGGAAGGGAAAGAAAAUAAUCUCAAUAAGCUGCUGCUUAAUUGGCUAAUAAAUGAGAGCUAAAAUGUAAGAGGAAAUGUUCAGAAAAACAAACUGCAGCAAGAGACUUGUGGCAGGACUACAGAGGGAAAACACAUGAUACAUUCUGAAGUUUGCAGACAUUGGGAAGGAUCCACAAUUUCUUGUCCAUGUGGAGACAGGAAACGCUCACCAGACUGGUAGUCUUCAGCAGCUUUUGAAAAAAGAACAUCUAUUUUAUCCAUGUUUCAUUUCCACAGAAAGAUUUGAUGCUGCUGUCUCAAGCUGUGUAUAAUCAAUCUCUGCAUCUCUUCCUUUAAGUUCUGUGUGAAGUCAGUGUCCUUCCUUCCACUGCACUGAAAACCCAUGUGCUUCAGCUCUGUGGAGCCUCCCCUGCACCUGCCCUGUCAGUUGCUGAUGCUGCUUUAAACAGUUCAUUCAAUCAGCGUCAAGGAGGUUUAGAUCAGCAGGUCCUUAAAGCAGGUAUGAAGCCUGGGGGCUGGCUGUGCUAGGGCUCCAAGAACUCCAGUUCUGGGUUGGAUGUAGAGAGUAGCAGGAAGACAUUCCUAGAUACUGACCUUUUGUUGUGAUAGGGUUUCCUACCUAUAGUAUUUUCCCAAAUUUUGUUUCUCUUUUUUGUACUUUCAUUUACCUCCAUUUUUUUCCCCAUGGAUAUGAAUCAGGACCUAAAGUCUUUUUUACAUCUUUAAUCAUGUACAUCACCAAAAUUAUUUUUAAGCCAUUUUAAAAUUUGUGCCUGGGUUUCCCCAGUUUCUGAAGUAAUUUUCUCAACUGUAAUGCUAACCACUUUUAAAGUCUUUUUGGUCGCUUCAGCAUAUUUCUUUAGCAUCUGUAAUAAAAUCUGCCUCACUAAUACCUGUACUGUUUUUUCUCUUUAUUCUGUAUCCCCAACAGUUGCCUAGGUGUAGUGGAUGUGGCUUAUCCAUCCUCCAGUUAGUAAUGAUUUAAUGGAAUAGAGAAUGCUUAUACAGAGAUGCAAAAAUGCUGUAUGAGCACUUUGCUUGGUUUUUUAUACAGAAUUUUAUUUAUAAUUCCACUUUGAUCCUGAAGAUCAAAUUAAUUUUAAGCAAUCCUGGCAAGAGUUUCUGCAGUAUUUUUUGCUGACUUCUUUGUACAAGCACUUUAGUAAUGAGCACUGGUUACUCUUUUCUGAAUAGAUGAUGACUGAAGAAAAUAAUGUUUUUCUACAUGUCAUAUGCUUCCUAUUGUACCAUCCCAUCAUCCUUCAGAGACCUCUGUGCUGUGGCAACUGUUGGCAAAACCCCUUUUAGCAUAAGCUAAAUGCUGGUGUAGGUGGGACUUUAGGAAAAAAAUAAUGUGUCAGUUGAGGACACUGGUAGCAGGUAGAUCUUUAUCAAGGACCAGGGCUUAGGUGCUCUGCAGGAGAUGUUCUACUCGUGUGUGACUCCUAAGAGACAGACUUCCUUUCUAGGCUUCGAAAAUGCCAAAUGAGCGGCAACAGGACAGAGUGGCUCCUUUUAUCUGGAACUUUUCGGUUCCCUGGUAAUGCUUAGACUUUUGUAUCAGAACUUACCAAAAGCUGUGUUCUGCUGCUGUUAGGAGCUGUGGCUGAAGCACACUUCCUCCUGUAAACAUUUCCCUUACUUGGUUUUAGGGUUUUAGCUAUUGACCACUCUUCCCACUUAGGUAUGACCAACUCUCACCUAAUUCACAUCCCCAGGAAAGCAGGCUCAGAAGGUUACUGGGAAGAAGGGAAAUAAUUUGAUCAUGAAAAGAAAGAGGUGAGGCAGGAAUAGUUUUUCUUAUUUUUUGAAUCUUGCUGCCAAAUUGGUGCAUAAUUCAUUGUGCAAAAGGUUUUGCUUACUGUUUGCUGUUUUCAGGUUUGUGUGUUUGUUUUCAUAUUGAAUACUGAACAGAACCUAUUGCUGCUGUUAGAAGGAGAUUUGUGUCUACCAAAAAGGAAUCCAUAAUGUUUUCCUUUACUCGGAGAUUUCUUGAAUGCUAAAUUGCCUGUGUGCAUACUUCAUAAUGUACCAUAUGCAAAUAUUCUUCAGGAAUUGAUACUACCACUUCAGUCAAUAUUUUCUAUGUCAGAACUGUAUGUUUCCUAUACUGCCAAGAAUGUAUAUAUAUCUAUGAAGACUUAAGAUUGUAUCUUUUUGAGCAAGCCUCUUUCUUCAACCAUCUGAAACUUUCUUCCUGUUUCUCAAGUUUUCUGCUACUUUAUUAGACUCCUGUGUUAUAUUGUGUACUUUUUGUAUCAGUUGUAUGGCUGUAUUUCUUCUUUCUCUCAUUAAAACCUGUUCUUCUCA